AGCCAGAGGUCCCUGAACCCACUGUGCAGGACUGCAGUACAACUUGGCAAGCCUUGCAGUGGCUGUUUUUCUUUUCUUGCCCAUGCCUCCCCACCAGCAGCUCUCUGAGAUGUUAGUAUGCCCAUUUUAAAGGAGGCAAACUGAGACUCAGACACCUUCAGGGUUUUCCUAAAUCACUUGACAUAGAAGUGGUGGAUCAGGACUAUAACCCAGGCUGCUUCAUCAUGCUUCGUUGGUUGGUCAUGGCACCUGUGGCAGGCUUGGGAUGCCAGCCUGGGGAGUGUGUGGCACCUGUGGCAGGCUUUCGGUGCUUUGGUGCCCUGAAAACCUGCUUCAGGAUGCCGUGAAUUGAGCCCCUGGGAGUUGCUGGGCUCAGUGUUUGGAGAACAAGCAGACUUAGGUCUGAUUUCAGCCUCUGAAAGCUUUUUAAUUUUGUGAUCUUGCAGAAGGCCUUCAGAAACUGUGCUGUGAUGAACCAAGUUGUCCCUUUCACAAAGGCAAUGUUCCUAAAAAGCCAUUCUUCCAGUCUCAUCACCUUAAUGAUUAUUUAUGGGCAGGCUAUGAAUUUCCUCAUUGGGGAUCAGACAUAAUAUCUGCAUUUCCAUAAAAACGAGGGCAUUUAAAAAAAACAAACAUAUCAACAUUCACCUAAUCUAUGCAAAUCUAUUCAUAAGGAUUGUAUAAAACUACUGUUUCUCUCUGCACCCUCAAACACAAAUUCUGGCUUUUUUUUUCUCUCUCCCAGUAUGUUUUUGAGCUCUGUGGUUGAGGGAGGAGGGGGCUCACAGAGUCGGGGGAAGAUGAGCCUCUGCUCACAAUGCAGGCUGCUUGUGCACAGCGGCCCUGCACUUGCAGUUGUGAGCAGAGAGCCAAGUGUGGGAGCUCACCAUGGUGGUAACCACCUCCCCACAAAGCAGGCAGCGUCUCACCAGAGGGAAGUAUCAGGUUCCUGUACUCGGCUGUGGGCUGUCACUGUCUACUAAUAUGACCGUUUUGCCAUCUCCCUGCAAAUAAGACAGAAGCUGCUACCUGAUUGGUAUAGCAAGCAUCUCACUUUCCCUCCGCAUUGAUUUUCUUGUUCUCCUCCUUUGCUUCACAGAAAGAGGGACAAGUGGCUGCUACUGUGGACACAGAGGCUUUAUUUUUAGUAUGAGACAAUCUCUAUUUUCUUUCAGGAGAGGGAAGUUGGAUUAUCAAUUCUUUUGUAAAUGUGUAUGGUGAUAUUUGCUCCGCUUUUUGCAAUCUUUGCAUUUGCAACAUGUGGUGGCUACUCUGGAGGCCUGCGGCUGAGCGUGGACUGCGUCAACAAGACAGAAAGUAACCUGAGCAUUGACAUAGCGUUUGCCUAUCCAUUCAGGUUGUACCAGGUGGCAUUUGAGGUGCCUACUUGUGAGGGAAAGACACGGCAGAAGCUGGCGUUGAUUGGCGACUCCUCAUCUUCAGCAGAGUUCUUCGUCACCGUGGCUGUGUUCGCCUUCCUCUACUCUCUGGCCGCCACCGUUGUUUACAUUUUCUUCCAGAACAAGUACCGAGAAAACAACCGGGGCCCACUCAUAGACUUCAUCGUCACCGUAGUCUUUUCCUUCCUGUGGUUGGUGGGUUCAUCUGCUUGGGCGAAAGGACUAUCUGAUGUCAAAGUUGCAACAGACCCCAAGGAAGUCUUAUUACUGAUGUCAGCUUGCAAACAGCCAUCCAACAAAUGCAUGGCUGUCCACAGCCCUGUCAUGUCCAGCCUCAACACUUCCGUGGUCUUUGGAUUCUUGAACUUCAUCCUCUGGGCUGGAAACAUAUGGUUUGUUUUCAAGGAGACUGGCUGGCAUUCCUCUGGACAGCGGUAUCUUUCCGACCCCAUGGAGAAACACUCCAGCAGCUAUAGUCAGGGUGGUUACAACCAAGAUAGCUAUGGGUCAAGUGGUGGGUAUAGCCAGCAGGCCAGGUUGGAGCCAUCCUCAGAGGAGUUUGGCCAGCAGCCUAGUGGUCCUACUUCCUUUACUAAUCAGAUUUAAAAGAGCAGCAUUUGUAUUCUUCUGGAGAUAGCCUCACCACUUUCCAUUUUAGUGGCAGAAGAAUUUUUUAUGAGUUUCGAUCAAUUAUUAAUGCAGAGAGUGUGGAAUGUAAAUCAGAGAGCUGUGGUCCUCAUUAAGGCAGAAAGGCCUGGGUCGUGAUAAAUGGUACUUAGAGGUGAGACUACAUAAGGAAAUAUAUUAUUAAUCAUAGACAGCUAAUUGGAGAGAAUACCUUGUUAUAUACACAGAUACUUUUAUGUCAUUUUGUAUGUGUGUAGAGAUAGUAAGAGCAUUUUGUAGCUUCAAGUCUCUAGUAUGUAAUAUGCAUAAAGUAAAUUAAAUAGCACUGAGUUUUCCUAUGCAUUUUGAUGCAAAAGAUGUUUUAAGGAUUCCUAAAAGACAAUUUGGUGUAUCACAACAUGCAUGCAUUAUUUUUUAGUUUUAGGCCUUGUAGGAUUGUGCAUCUCUAAAUAUUUGUUUCAGACAAUUACUCUGUGUUUUUUACUUGAUCAAUCAGUGCUUAAAUGAUUUAAUGCAUGAAUAAGCGUUUUCUCACACAAUGAACAUUUCAACUGUAUUUAUUAAAAUUUUCCAGUCUGCACCCUGAAUUUGUUAAAUGAAUGUUUAAAGUAAACAGAUUCACUACUUUAUAUACUUUACGAGUUGUCUCUUUGGCUUUACCAAGUUUCUGAAUGCAUUGUAACUAAGGUUUCGGGGAUAUUGUCCUAUUAGUAGAUAUACAGUGAAAUAUAUAUAUAUAUAGUAAUUGCCCAGUAUCUAUCCUAUUUACUUAACUAAAUAUUUACAUUCUUUUAACUUUCUAUGGUGUUUUGUGACUUUUAUUCUGUGGACCAUAAAAUUUAAGACCCAGUAAUUGUUUGUGUUUAUGUAGAAUAAUGGAGAUGCAGAUACAGAUACUGUGGUCAAGAAUUGCUAUGAGGAUAAAAUAAAAUUAAAAAUAAAUUAAUUAAUUAAUAAAAAAAGAAUUGCUUUGAGGAAGCAUCAACCUAUAAAGGUUAUUCUGUAAAACCUACACUACCAGCUAAAUGUUUAAAUCCUAUUUAUUUCUAAAGCUAACAUGUUUCUAAAUCUAAUUAUUGGAAAUUCUCAAGUCACAGCUCAGCUUACUAAUUCUGAUUGGAAUGUAGCCUAUAAAUUAGAAGUGGCUUCCUUGUGCCAUUCUGUAUCCCUAAGAGGAUUCUCACAGAAUAUUCCCAAGAAUGUAUUCAUUAUCAAGAAAAUGCCAAUCUUCAGCUCUUUGUUUUAACUCAAUUGAAACACAAAGGCCCAAUAGGAGGGAAAACAGAGCAUCUGUAUUUCCAGAUCCAAGUCGUUACUGAUGUGUAAACUCUUUGUGUGAUCUGUGAUGUUGGAAGCAUUUUAGCACAAAGCAAUCUCGUGUCUUAGAUGAUAUGUGUAAACAGUUUCUAUAUCCUGUUGGAUAGGCCUGUAUUGUGAUAUCUAUUUGACCUUAAUAAAGUUAUUGCAUACAAUAUUGA